AUGUCCGUGAACACCAGCGCGAUUGCCGGCAGCAGCUCCGGCCUCCAGAACUCCUCCUGCCAAGACGGUUCCUAUGCACUUCUCGGUGUCGACGACAAGGUCUGCACUCGCGCCGCGCCGCCACCGCCGUCGCCGUCGCCUCCAAUAAAUGGGGGCGGCGUACUAGCAACACCAGUAGAAGCAGCAGCAUUAUCAGUACCAACGCAAACAGUAGGAGGGGUGGAAGAAACGGCGUUGGAAGAGCCGCACACACUUCGUCGUUCCGCCGCGCAGCUUUCCCGAGGGGGGGACGUGUCGUCGUGCACCUCUCACUAUCACAACUCGCCUGCCAACUACAACUAUAACCACCACACAACUAACCGCAGCCCAUUGUCGGUUUCAGGGGGGAAUGAAGGCGCAUUAAUGCGGCACGCUGAACUUCGGGAGAUGCUCGUUACCGCAGAGCGGGAGCUGGCCGAAAUGCGCGAGGAGUGCGCGCGACGAGGUGCAGAGAUCGAUACCCUCCGUGCGGCACUCGCACGUGAGCGGGACGUCAACCAACACGCGCAGGGACGCUACGAUGACGCACUGCAGGAACUGCGCGAAGAGCACGCAGAGCAGACGCAGCGCCUGAUGGAGCAGAUCACCGUUCUGAAGCGGCUCUCUGAGAGCCUAAUGGAAGAGAAAUCAGCGAUGGCGAACGAGGCGACACAGCGCAAGCAGCAGCUACUCGCCCUGCUCGAGCGGGAGCGCGACGAGAAGAGCCAAAUUAUGGCCGACUACCGGAAGCAGACGGAGGCGCUCAUCGCAGAGGAGGGGCGCGAGAUUACGGCUCUGCGUAACGCGUUGCAGUCCGGCCGUGAGGAGCGGGAGCGGCUCCUCAGCGAGCGCCAAAGCCUCGAGGAGAAGACACAGACACUAGAAGAGAAGGUGACGCAGCUCGAGCAGAGUCUCGCGAAGGAGCGCACCGAUGUAGAGAAGCGGUUGCAGGAAGUGGGCCAACGCCACGCGCGGCGUGUUGAUGAGUUGGCGGCGCAGAACGAGGAGCUUGCCGCCCGCAUGGCGCAGGCGGCCACGACGCAGCAGGAGCGGCGGCAGGAGUUGGAGGAUCAGGUACGCAGCUUGGGCGAGCGGUUGCGGCUGCAAGAAGAGUCAUACGCGAUGGAGCACCAAACUCUAAAGGAAACAUAUCGGCGGGAAUCGGAGGGGCUUCGUGAGGAGCUGCGGACGGCGAAUGAGCAGCGCGAACAGCUGCUGGAGCAGCACGAGAAGGCCCGACAAAAGUUGCUGAAGAAUGAGGAGAAGCUCACCCAAUCACUGCGCAACACAGUGGAGCAGCUGCGACAGGAAAAAGAGGCGGUAGUGGAGGAAGCAGCGCAUCAACGAGAGGAGUUGCAGGAAAAGCACUGGGCAAAGGUGAAUCAGCUGCAAAACACCAUCGAGAGCCUGCGACGGCAGAUCGCCGAUGAGAGUACCGCGCGCAAAGAUGCGGAGUCGGAGCGUGACCUCGUCGUCGUGCGCGCGGAUGGCCUGCAGGGUGCCGUCAACCGCCUGACGAACGAGCUGGAGGCGCUGCAGGUCGAGCACCGCGCACGUGAGCGGGCAGCAGGACAGGAGCGGCAAAACACCAUUGAACAGCUCCGCGCACAGCUGCAUGACUGCACUUCUGAAGUGGAGGCGCUGCAGCAGGAAAUCCUGCAACGGGACUUGGAGGUGCAGCGACUCCGCGAUGAGGUGGGGACCAAGACACAGGCGCUACAAACUACACGGACAGAGAGCAAGCGACUGCUCGAUGAGAUGCAGCAAGCCGCUGAUGCGCGCGAACGCGAGGCCACGGAGCUCACCGCCGCCCUCGAGCAAAAUGCCACGCUGUGCCGCACACAGAAGACACAGGUAGAGGCAGAAUGCCAGCGGCUGCAACGCAGCCUCGCAGAGGCAGCGGCACGGCAGCAGGCAUGUGAGCGGCAGCUAGAGGAGGAGCGCCGCGUCCUCGAGACGGCAGCAGCGAGCGCGCAGGACGCACGUGACACGGCGGAAGCUCACAAAACGGCACUCCGCCGCGCGCAGACCCGGCAGCAAGAACUCGAGGAAGAGCUACAGCAUAAAUGCGGCGACCUCGCAGCAGCAGCAGAGCGUACUACCGAACUCGAAGCAUCGCUUGAGGCGGCCAGAGCGGAGGCGGUGCAGCAGGCGAAGGAGGCGGCACGUGCCGCAGCCGCACAUGAGGCGGUCGUGCAGUCACUGCAGCAGCGGCAGGAAGCAGAGUUGGCGGCGCUGCGCCUCGCGGCGGAACAGAUGCGCGGUGACGUUGCAAAGGCACGUGAGGUGGCAGCAGCGAAGGACGGAGAGCUGCAUCGCCUUCGAGAGGAGGUGAAUCAGCUCCACCGCGAUGCGGCGAUGCGGGCGGGGUCGUGGCAGGACGAACUCGCCGAGUCGCGCGAGCACCAUGAGGAGGACGUGCGGCGCAUGGACGAGGUGCUGCUCGCCCUGCGCGCCGACCUCAACCGCGCGCUCGCGGCGAGGGCGCAGAGCCAGAAGGAGAUGGCACACGCCCACCGUGAGGCGGAGCGGCAGCGCACACAGUUGGAGGACAUGCUCGCAGAGGUAGACGCGGCGAAGGAGAAGCUGCGCGAUGAGGCGCACUACCGCGAGCAACUCAACAACGAGCUGCAGGGCACCGUGCGGCUCCUCACAGCACGCAUUGCCGCACNAGCUGCGCGAUGA